AUGCAGGCAUCAAAUAAGUCAAGUAACCCAAUAUCUCAAGUAACUGAAGUAACUGAAGUAACUGAAGUAACUCAAAUAACUCAAGUAACACAAGUAACUCAAGUAACCCAAGUAACCCAAGUAACUCCUGUAACUCAAAUAACUCAAAUAACCCAAGUAACUCCUGUAACUCAAAUAACUCAAGUAACCCAAGUAUCUCCUGUAUCUCCUGUAUCUCCUGUAACUCCUGUAACUCCUGUAACUCAAAUAACUCAAGUAACUCAAGUAACUCCUGUAACUCCUGUAACUCCUGUAACUCCUGUAACUCCUGUAACUCCUGUAACUCCUGUAACUCAAAUAACUCAAGUAACCCAAGUAACUCCUGUAACUCCUGUAACUCCUGUAACUCAAGUAUUUCAAGUAUUUCAAGUAUUUCAAGUAUUUCAAGUAUCUCAAGCAACUCAAGCAACUCAAGCAACUCAAGUAACUCAAGCAGCUCAAGCAGCUCAAGCAGCUCAAGUAACUCAAGUAACUCAAGUAACUCCGGUAACUCAAGUAACUCAACCAUCAAACAUUCUAAACCUGAAUCCCCCGAAGGACCAAGCUGCGUGUACCACCGGUGGUACAUGUAGCACGGAACGUGUUAAUCCUUUGAGUACUGAAUUAUUUGAAGAUUUUUAUGCCCAUGGGACGGAUUUAAUUUGUCGCUAUAUGGAUUAA